GAUUCCGCUGCCGGCGCGGGCGUACUGGGGAGCGGCGGGCGAGGCGAGCGGCCGAGCCUGAGCACCGAGGGUUCGAGUCCCUCCCACUCCCGGGCGCAGCCGUCGCACCCGCUCUCUGAGCGCCUCCGGGCUGCCGGGCCCAGAACCAGGUGGCAGAGGCGCGCCCGCAGGGCCCCCUGUCCGGGGAGCGGACGGGUCGGACGAUGAGUGACCAGCUUCACAACGAAGGCCCCGGGCCCACGGAGGGCUGCGGCCAGGACCCAACCCCGCAGGAGGAGAGGGCGCACUCGGGGACUGGGGCCGCCGCGGAGCUGGGGUCUCAGCCUGGGCCGUACAGUUACAUCAGGGAUGACCUGUUCACCUCGGAGAUCUUCAAGUUGGAGCUGCAGAACGUGCCACGCCAUGCCAGCUUCAGUGACGUCCGGCGCUUCCUGGGCCGCUUUGGCCUACAGCCCCAUAAGACCAAACUCUUUGGGCAACCUCCUUGCGCCUUUGUGACCUUCCGCAGCGCCGCCGAGCGGGACAAGGCCUUGCGCGUUCUGCACGGUGCCCUCUGGAAGGGCCGCCCACUCAGCGUGCGCCUGGCCAGGCCCAAGGCUGAUCCCAUGGCCAGGAAGAGGCGACGCGAUGAUGAAGGCGGGCUGCCAGCCACAUGCGUUGCCGAUGUAGUGACCCCCCUUUGGACCGUGCCCUAUGCGGAGCAGCUUGAGCAGAAGCGGCUGGAGUGUGAGCAGGUGCUGCAGAAGCUCGCCAAGGAAAUCGGGAGCACCAACCGUGCCCUGCUCCCCUGGCUGCUCUCACAGAGGCAUGAGCACAACAAGGCCUGCUGCCCACUGGAAGGGGUCAAGCCGUCACCCCAGCAGACGGAGUAUCGCAACAAGUGUGAGUUCCUGGUUGGCGUUGGGGUGGACGGGGAGGACAACACGGUGGGCUUUCGGCUUGGCAAGUACAAGGGUGGGAGCUGUGCCGUGGCAGCCCCCUAUGACACCGUGCACAUUCCUUGGGCCACCAAGCAGGUGGUGAAGACCUUCCAGGACUUCAUUCGGUCCACCCAGUAUUCAGCCUACGACCCAGAGACGUACUCGGGCCACUGGAAGCAGCUGACUGUGCGUACCAGCCGCCGCGGCCAGGCCAUGGCUGUUGUCUACUUCCAUCCCCAGAAACUGAGCCCAGAGGAGCUGGUGGGACUAAAGGCUUCCCUGGCACAGCAUUUCAUGACAGGGCCCGGCAAGGCCAGUGGGGUCACCUGCCUCUACUUUGUGGAGGAGGGACAGCGGAAGACCCCCAGCCAAGAGGGCCUGCCCGUGGAGCACGUGGCCGGGCAGCAGUGCAUCCAUGAGGACCUGCUGGGGCUGGCCUUCCGGAUAUCCCCUCAUGCCUUCUUCCAGGUGAACACCUUGGCAGCCGAGGUGCUCUACACAGUCAUCCAGGACUGGGCCCAGCUGGAUGUGGGGAGCACGGUGCUAGAUGUGUGCUGCGGCACAGGCACCAUUGGCCUGGCCCUGGCCCGGAAGGUAAAGAGAGUGGUCGGGAUCGAGCUGUGCCAGGAAGCGGUGGAGGACGCCCGGGCAAAUGCCCGAGACAACGGGUUGAGCAACGUUGAAUUCCACUGUGGGAGAGCUGAAGGCCUGGUGCCCACCGUGGUGAGCAGACUGGCCUCCCAGCAGCUGGUGGCCAUCCUGGACCCGCCCCGUGCCGGGCUGCAUUCCAGAGUGAUCCUGGCCAUCCGCAGAGCUGAGAACCUCAAGCGCCUCCUGUAUGUUUCCUGCAACCCCCGGGCAGCCAUGGGCAACUUUGUGGACCUCUGCAGGGCCCCUUCUAACCGGGUGAGGGGUAUCCCUUUCCGGCCCGUCAAGGCUGUGGCUGUGGACCUGUUCCCUCAGACACCACACUGCGAGAUGCUCAUCCUGUUUGAGAGAGUGGAGCCCCCUGAUGGUGCAGGGGCUUUGGGGUCCCAGGACCCUCCAGCCCAGCCCCCACCAGUGCCCCCAGAGGACACCCCACAAGAAACCAGGACACCCCCCUCUUCCUAGGACCCUGGAGAAGGGGCACUAGCCCUUCCAGAAUAGGCCCAGGUCCCCUCCCACCCCACCCCCAAUGCCUUCUGCUAAUUCCCACCAAGAGGAUCUCGGGUGGGGCCCCAGGGACCUGCGGCCUUGCCUUGCUGGAGAAGAUGAAGAGCCCGCCUCGGACCGCAGCCUUGCCCUGGGCCACUCAGGCGGCAGCUGGAGGAGGACACAAGACCUGGCUGCCCAAACCUAGGACCGACACCCAUUCUUUUUAGAUCAGCUGGGCCAGAAUAAACAGUUGGCAAACCACCAGUGUUUCUGUGGCAAGAACUGAGCUUUGGCACCGGGACUCACUGCUCCGUGCUGUAGGUCAAGGGGGCAGCACCAGGAGGAGGGCACCUCAGGCCCCACCCACACCAGGACACGUCCAAGUCUGACCUCUGGAUCCUGCUUAGCACCCCACCUGCUCUAGGCAUGGCCAGUACUCACUCUGGGGUCAGGGCAGCUCUCCCAGCUUCUACAUGGCUGGUGGUCACGGCAGAGCUUCUGUGGGACUGAACAUCUGCUUUUAUUCUGCUCUGAGC